CUUCUUCCUCCUCCUCCUGCUCCUCCUGCUCCUCAUUGUGCUGCUUCCUCCGGCGGAGGAUGGGAGGUUCCUGUUGGCUGGAGGUGUGAUGAGAGGAAGCGGCAGCGUGAUGCUGCUGAGCCAGCGCUUCAGCUGAGAGAGAGAGAGAGAGAGAGACUCGCUUCUAGUGUCGCUCGCCCCGGAGGUGUGAAGGAGCAGCGAGUCCUCCUCAGUCUGCCGUGGAAUAAUCUCACUUUCACCUCCUUUAUCCACCUGGAAGCUUGUUUUCUCCUCUUGAGCCUGAAGGAUCCGUCUGGAGCCUCCUGCUCCUCCAUGAGGACGCUCCUGCUCUGAGUCCCACCAUGGAGCUCCACCUCUCCUCCCCGGCCCUGGACUAUGCGGGGCCCCUGUCCCCGUCCCCCGGGGGGCCCGGCCCGUCCCACGGCUCCAGCCCCGGCCGGGGGCCCAGCCCCAGCCUCAGCCCCAUUAGGGGCCCCAGCCCCAUCAGGGGCCUCAGCCCCGGGCCCGGCUUCUCCGGACAGGCCGCCUUCAACUACAACCAGCUGGAGGGACGAUUCAAACAGCUGCAAGAUGAGCGUGAGGCGGUCCAGAAGAAGACCUUCACCAAGUGGGUGAACUCCCACCUGUCCCGGGUCUCCUGCAGGAUCACAGACCUCUACAUGGACCUGAGGGACGGACGCAUGCUCAUCAAGCUGCUGGAGGUCCUGUCAGGAGAAAGACUGCCCAAACCCACGAAGGGCCGUAUGAGGAUCCACUGCCUGGAGAACGUGGACAAGGCGCUCCAGUUCCUGAAGGAGCAGCGGGUUCACCUGGAGAACAUGGGCUCCCACGACAUCGUGGACGGGAACCACCGGCUGACCCUCGGCCUCAUCUGGACCAUCAUCCUCCGCUUCCAGAUCCAGGACAUCAGUGUGGAGACGGAGGACAACAAGGAGAAGAAGUCGGCUAAAGAUGCUCUGCUGCUCUGGUGUCAGAUGAAGACGGCCGGAUAUCCAAACGUCAACAUCCACAACUUCAGCACCAGCUGGAGGGACGGGAUGGCCUUCAACGCUCUGAUCCACAAACACAGACCGGACCUGAUCGACUUCGACAAGCUGAAGAAGUCCAACGCUCACUACAACCUGCAGAACGCCUUCAACCUGGCGGAGCAACACCUGGGCCUGACCAAGCUGCUGGACGCAGAGGACAUCAGUGUGGACCACCCUGAUGAGAAGUCCAUCAUCACCUACGUGGUGACUUACUACCACUACUUCUCUAAGAUGAAGGCUCUGAAGGUGGAGGGCAAGAGGAUCGGCAAGGUGCUGGACAACGCCAUCGAGACGGAGAAGAUGAUAGAGAAGUACGAGUCUCUGGCCUCAGACCUGCUGGAGUGGAUCGAACAGACCAUCAUCAUCCUCAACAACAGGAAGUUCGCCAACUCUCUAGUGGGAGUUCAGCAGCAGCUGCAGGCCUUCAACACCUACCGCACCGUGGAGAAACCCCCCAAGUUCACAGAGAAAGGGAACCUGGAGGUUCUCCUGUUCACCAUCCAGAGUAAGAUGAGAGCCAACAACCAGAAGGUUUACACUCCCAGAGAGGGAAAACUCAUCUCUGACAUCAACAAGGCGUGGGAGCGUCUGGAGAAGGCGGAGCAUGAGCGUGAGCUGGCUCUGAGGACGGAGCUGAUUCGUCAGGAGAAGUUGGAGCAGCUCGCUCGCCGCUUCGACCGCAAAGCAGCCAUGAGAGAAACGUGGCUGAGUGAGAACCAGAGGCUCGUCUCCCAGGAUAACUUUGGAUUUGAUCUCCAGGCUGUUGAAGCUGCUACAAAGAAACAUGAAGCGAUAGAAACGGACAUCGCAGCGUACGAGGAGCGAGUUCAGGCCGUGCUGUCGGUGGCGAGGGAGCUGGAGGCCGAGAGUUACCACGACAUCAAACGCAUCACGGCCAGGAAGGACAACGUGAUCCGGCUGUGGGAAUACCUGCUGGAGCUGCUGAAGGCCCGCCGGCAGCGUCUGGAGAUGAACCUGGGCCUGCAGAGGGUCUUCCAGGAGAUGCUCUACAUCAUGGACUGGAUGGACGAGAUGAAGAUGCUGCUGCUGUCCCAGGACUACGGUAAACACCUGCUGGGGGUGGAGGACCUGCUGCAGAAACACGCUCUGGUGGAGGCCGACAUCGCCAUCCAGGCCGACCGCGUCCGCAACGUCAACAGCAACGCUCAGAAGUUCGCCGACGACAUGGAGGGUUAUAAACCCUGUGAUCCUCAGAUCAUCAGGGACCGGGUGGCCCACAUGGACUUCUGCUACCAGGAGCUGAGUCAGCUGGCGGCGGAGCGGCGAGCUCGGCUUGAGGAGUCCCGCCGCCUCUGGAAGUUCUUCUGGGAGAUGGCUGAAGAGGAGGGCUGGAUCCGGGAGAAGGAGCAGAUCUUGUCCUCGGAGGACUGUGGGAAGGACCUGACGGGCGCCGUUCGCCUGCUGAGUCAGCACAAAGCCUUUGAAGACGAGAUGAGCGGGCGUGCGGCCCACCUGCAGCAGACCAUCAGACAGGGGGACGAGCUGGUCAACAACGGGCACUUUGGAGCCGACAAGAUCAAAGAACGCAUCCAGGACAUCCAGGAGCAGUGGGCAGCUCUGGAGCGUCUCUCUGCGGUGCGUAAAGCUCGUCUCCAGGAGGCCUGUAACCGCCACCAGUUCCAGGCGGACGCGGACGACGUGGACACGUGGAUGCUGGACGUGCUGCGCAUCGUGUCCAGCGUGGACGUGGGACACGACGAGUUCUCGGCUCAGGCUCUGGUGAAGAAACACAAAGACGUGGCGGAGGAGAUCAGCAGCUACAGACCAGUGAUAGAAGCUCUCCACGAACAGAGACACACACUGGCUGCAGAGGAGGCGCAGUCAGAGGAGGUGCAGAGCCGCCUGGCGGGCAUCGAGGAGCGCUACAAGGAGGUGGUGGAGCUGACGCGUCUCAGGAAGCAGGCGCUGCAGGACGCGCUGGCGCUCUACAGGAUGCUGAGCGAAGCCAACGCCUGCGAAGUCUGGAUCGACGACAAGCAGCAGUGGCUCCACAGCAUGAGCAUCCCCGACAAGCUGGAGGACCUGGAGGUGGUGCAACACAGGUUUGAGAGUCUGGAGCCGGAGAUGAACAGUCAGGCGUCCCGCGUUGCCGUGGUGAACCAGGUCGCCCGGCAACUGCUGCACAGCGGACAUCCCAGUGAGAAGGAGAUCAAGAGCCAGCAGGACAAACUCAACACCAGGUGGAGUCAGUUCAGAGACCUGGUGGACCAGAAGAAGGAGAGUCUGAGUUCGGCUCUGGGGGUCCAGAACUACCACCUGGAGUGCAACGAGACCAAGUCCUGGAUCAAAGAGAAGACCAAGGUGAUCGAGUCGACCCAGGAGCUGGGUAACGACCUGGCGGGCGUCAUGGCGCUGCAGAGGAAGCUGACGGGGAUGGAGCGAGACCUCGCCGCCAUCGAGGACAAACUGGGCGACCUGGGGAAGGAGGCGGAGCGGCUGGGCUCCGAACACCCCGACCAGUCUGACGCCAUCAGGGGACGUCUGGCCCAGAUCACCACCGUCUGGGACGAGAUGAAGGACACCAUGAAGAACCGGGAGGAGUCCCUGGGCGAGGCCAGUAAGCUGCAGCAGUUCCUUCGGGACCUGGACGACUUCCAGUCGUGGCUGUCGAGGACGCAGACGGCGAUCGCCUCGGAGGACAUGCCCAACACGCUGGCCGAGGCCGAGAAGCUGCUGGCCCAGCACGAGAACAUCAAGAACGAGAUCCACAACUACGAGGAGGACUACCAGAAGAUGAGGGACAUGGGGGAGAUGGUGACGCAGGGCCAGACCGACGCCCAGUACAUGUUCCUCCGCCAGCGGCUGCAGGCGCUCGACACCGGCUGGAACGAGCUGCACAAGAUGUGGGAGAACCGCCAGAACCUGCUGGCCCAGUCCCACGCAUACCAGGUGUUCCUCAGGGACACCAAGCAGGCCGAGGCCUUCCUCAACAACCAGGAGUACGUUCUGGCCCACACGGAGCUGCCUGCGACCCUGGAAAGCGCCGAGGCGUCCAUCAAGAAGCAGGAGGACUUCAUGACCACGCUGGACGCCAACGAGGAGAAGAUCAGCGGCGUGGUGGAGACCGGCCGCCGCCUGGUAACCGACGGCAACGUCAACGCCGAGCGCAUCCAGGAGAAGGUCGACUCCAUCGACCAGAGACACAAGAAGAACCGCUCGUCUGCCAGCGAGCUGCUGACUCGACUCAAAGACAACAGAGACCUGCAGAAGUUCCUCCAGGACUGUCAGGAGCUGUCCCUGUGGAUCAACGAGAAGAUGCUGACAGCUCAGGACUUGUCCUACGACGAGGCCAGGAACCUGCACAGCAAGUGGCUGAAGCACCAGGCCUUCAUGGCCGAGCUGCAGUCCAACAAGGAGUGGCUGGACAAGAUCGACAAGGACGGCCAGGCUCUGAUGCUGGAGAAGCCGGAGACGGUCGCCAUGGUGACGGAGAAGCUGGCGUCCCUGAAGACGAUGUGGGCGGAGCUAGAGUCGACCACGCAGACCAAGGCCAAGUGUCUGUUCGACGCCAACAAGGCGGAGCUCUUCACUCAGAGCUGCGCCGACCUGGACAAGUGGCUCGGAGGACUCGAGGCCCAGAUCCAGUCAGACGACUACGGCAAAGACCUGACCUCCGUCAACAUCCUGCUCAAGAAACAACAGAUCCUGGAGAGCCAGGUGGAGGUGCGUCAGAAGGAGGUGGGGGAGCUGCAGGGCCAGUCUCAGGCUCUGAGCCAGGAGGGGAAAGGCUCCGAGGAGGUGGACGGCCAGCGGAUCGGCGUGGAGAAGAAGUUCCAGGCGCUUCAGGCGCCGCUGCAGAAGAGACGAGACGCUCUGAUGGCGUCCAGAGAAAUCCACCAGUUCAACAGAGACGUGGAGGACGAGAUCCUGUGGGUGGAGGAGCGUAUGGCUCUGGCCACGUCCACCGACCACGGACACAACCUGCAGACGGUGCAGCUGCUCAUCAAGAAGAACCAGACCCUGCAGAAGGAGAUCCAGGGCCACCAGCCGCGCUACGACGACAUCUUCGAGCGCAGCCACCACGUCCUGCGUGACGGCGGCGCGGCGGCCGAGCAGAUCCGCCAGCGGCUCGGCGAGCUGACGGCGCUCUGGGAGCAGAUCAGGAAGGAGACGGAGAAACGCCACGGGCGGCUCAGCGAGGCCCACGAGGCCCAGCAGUACUACUUCGACGCCGCCGAGGCCGAAGCCUGGAUGAGCGAACAGGAACUCUACAUGAUGCUGGAGGAGAAGGCCAAGGAUGAGCAGAGUUCUGUGGCGAUGCUGAAGAAGCAUCAGAUCCUGGAGCAGGCGGUGGAGGACUACGCUGAUACUGUUCACCUGCUGUCCAGCACCAGCAGAGGACUGGUAGCUGAGGAGCACCCAGACAGUGAGCGUAUCGGGAUGCGUCAGUCCCAGGUGGAUAAGCUGUACGCGGGGCUGAAGGACCUGUCGGAGGAGAGGCGGGGCAAACUGGACGAGAGGCUCCGCCUCUUCCAGCUGAACCGGGAGGUGGACGACCUGGAGCAGUGGAUCGCUGAGAGGGAGGUGGUGGCCGGGUCCCACGAGCUGGGACAGGACUACGAACACGUCACCAUGCUGCAGGAGCGUUUCCGUGAGUUUGCGCGGGACACCGGGACCAUCGGUCAGGAGCGUGUGGACACGGUGAACCGGCAGGCCGAUGACCUCAUCAACGGCGGCCACGGAGACGCCGCCACCAUCGCCGAGUGGAAGGACGGGCUGAACGAGGCGUGGGCCGACCUGCUGGAGCUCAUCGACACGAGGACGCAGAUCCUCGCCGCCUCCUACGAGCUGCACAAGUUCUACCACGACGCCAAGGAGAUCCUGGGACGCAUCCUGGACAAACACAAGAAGCUCCCCGAGGAGCUGGGCCGCGACCAGAACACCGUGGAGACGCUGCAGAGGAGCCACACCACCUUCGAACACGACAUCCAGGCUCUGGGGACACAGGUGCGUCAGCUGCAGGAGGACGCCGUUCGUCUGCAGUCGGCGUACGCCGGAGACAAAGCUGACGACAUCCAGAAGAGAGAAGGAGAGGUCCUGGAGGCCUGGAAGAAUCUGCUGGAGGCGGCGGAGGGCCGGCGGGUGAAGCUGCUGGACACCGGAGACAAGUUCCGCUUCUUCAGCAUGGUGAGGGACCUGAUGCUGUGGAUGGAGGACGUGAUCCGCCUGAUCGAGGCCCAGGAGAAACCACGUGACGUGUCGUCGGUGGAGCUGCUGAUGAACAACCAUCAGGGCAUCAAGGCCGAGAUCGACGCUCGCAACGACAGCUUCACCUCCUGCAUCGAGCUCGGCAAAGCUCUGCUGGCCAGGAAGCACUACGCUUCAGACGAGAUUAAAGAAAAGUUGUUGCAGUUGACGGACAAGAGGAAAGACAUGAUUGACAAGUGGGAGGACAGAUGGGAGUGGCUGCGGCUGGUCCUGGAGGUGCACCAGUUCUCCCGGGACGCGGGCGUGGCCGAGGCGUGGCUGCUGGGUCAGGACCCCUACCUGUCCAGCAGGGAGAUCGGUCAGAGCGUGGACGAGGUGGAGAAGCUCAUCAAACGCCACGAGGCCUUCGAGAAGUCGGCCGCCACCUGGGAGGAACGCUUCGCCGCUCUGGAGAGGCUGACCACGAUGGAGUUAUUGGAAGUGAGAAGAAUGCAGGAGGAAGAAGAGAAGAAGAGACAACCUCCGCCCACCGAGGCUCAGCCGGGCGAUGCUGCAGCUCAGCAAAGGGAGGGCGAGCCGGUGUCUCAGAACGGGCUGCCGUCCGAUCAGGAGUCUCCCCGGGAGAACGUGGACGGUGGGGAGGUUGUGAACGGCGUGUCGGAGCCCAGCCCCGCGGGGUCUCCUGGGGCGUCCCGCAAGGGCAAGGCCAGCCAGGCGGCGACGCUGCCGGCCAAGACCCAGCAGGACGCGCCCACCUCCCAGCUGGAGGGCUUCCUGCACCGCAAGCACGAGUGGGAGGGGCAUAACAAGAAGGCUUCAAGCAGGUCGUGGCACAACGUGUACUGUGUGAUCAACCAGCAGGAGAUGGGUUUCUACAAGGACCAGAAGAGCGCCAGUCAGGGGAUCCCGUACCACAGCGAGAUCCCCGUCAGCCUGAAGGACGCCGUCUGCGAGGUGGCGACCGACUACAAGAAGAAGAAGCACGUCUUCAAGCUCAAAAUCACUGACGGGAAUGAAUAUCUCUUCCAAGCCAAAGAUGACGAGGAGAUGAACGUGUGGAUCUCCGCCAUCUCGGCCGCCGUGUCGGGCGACAAGCUGGAGGUGACGCCGAGCAGCCACAGCACGCCGGCGCCCGCCGCGCGCGCUCAGACGCUGCCGGCGUCCGUCACCGCCGCCACCGCCACCGCCGCCGAGUCCAGCCCGGGCAAACGAGAGAAAGACAAGGAGAAGCGCUUCAGUCUGUUCAGCAAGAAGAAAUAAGACGCUCCUCCUCUUCCUCCUUUCCUCUUCCUCCUCCUCUUCCUCCUCUGGUGCUGUUUGGGCUCGCUCCUCAUCAUCGAUCCAUCUUUGAUGUUCUCGUAGCAGCUGAUACUAUAACAACUAAAAUUAAAUUAACUUCUAAUGUGAUGAAAAAUGAGGAAAAAAACUUUUAUUAACUCGAUCUGGACUAAAUCAGAUCCCAAACAGCAUCUCCUCCUCCUCUUCCUCCUCUCCUCCUCUUCCUCUUCCUCUUCCUCCUCCUCUUCCUCUCUCAAAGCGUGACUCCAGCAUGCAAGCUCCGAGCCAAAACUCUCUCCACUCUGUGCCUAUCAACCGUCCGGUCCGGCUCAGAGCUCGGUUCAGCUACAAACACACCACCUGUAUCCUCUGUUCAGUUUUUGUAAGAUAAGCAGCAGGAAAAAGUAGAGAAAAAAUAUUAAAAAGUGAAUUAAAAAAAAACGGGGUCUGCAAACGCUUUCCAGGCAGCUGCUGUCGCCGCUGAACAACAACAACACGAUGUAGAGGAGUUCCCACAAUAUUCCUGUUUAUUAUUAUUAUAAUUAUUAUUAUUAUUAUUAUGGCUAUUAUUUGUGUUUUCUAUCUUCCUUCUGUUUGCUUUCUCAUCCUCGCCCCGGCUGUCUGUCGACUCCUGCCUUCUGUGGGUCCGUGUUCGCCCAGUCGUCUCUUUUUUUUUUUUUUGCUUUAUUUUGGGAAGUUGUAGGUAGUUCCUGUUUGUUCGGGUCCAUCCUCAGUUUUUGCGAGGCCUUGUCUUUGCAAGAUGACGUGUAUCCCUCUGUAGUGGGGAAAACUGAGACCACGGCGGGGUAAAGCUCUGAAAAAUUACACCUCUAAAAAAAAAACACAGAGCGAGACAUCAAAGAGCAUCAAAUGCACUGAAUAAUUCUGCUUUUCUGCUGGUUGAAUCUGUGCAAUAAACCCGUGAAAAGCUCAGUGAAGUUACGCUGCGGUGCUGUCUAAUUCCUGCAGCUUCACAGAAGCGGAAGUAAUUUUGAGCGUUACCCUGCGGUGCUUUGAACUGUAUGUAUAACUUGUGUAUAACAAACUGUUUAAAAAAAAUAAACCUGUGUUUAAUUUCACCUAUAUUUACUACUAAUACGACCGUGAUAAGCUUCAUUUCUCUGCCUAACGAUGUGUAAUCUGACGGAGGAGCCAUAGAGCAGAAAUAACUGAGACCAGUGAGAAUGUUUGUCAGGUUUAUUUUCUACUCACACAUUUUGUUUUAGUUUUUUUUUCCUCCCCUCUGUAUUUUCUGUCAAAGGUUUAUUUAGUCUGACAAGUACGGAGACGUAGAUGUUCUAUAAAAUAACUUUUAGCUGUUUAAGUGGACGAGUUGGUUCUAAAAAUUAAAAUUAAAAAAAGCAUUUACUGGAAAAGUGAGUAAUGUUGCAGAAUUCUGGUCGCUUGCUUGUUGGCUUCAGCUCUUGUUUGUUUUGUUUUUAUUUCAGGACAGUGAAGUGAAACUGUUUCUGUGUGUUCGGAGGUUCUUUAAUGACAAAGUGACGACGAUCUGAGAGCGUGAACAUUAUUUUAUUCAUGUUCGGGGGCCUCAGUGUGUCGCAUGCUAUUUUUAAAAAAUCUAGCAUGUUAACUUGGUGCCAAAAGUUUGAAUCGCUCCUUAAUUUAGUUAUUUGACCCAAAAGAGGCUCCGGAAUAUUAAAACAUUAACAAGUUUUAAGCAUUAAACGUGAGCUGGUUUGUGGGAUUUGUAGCUCUAAUUAGACGAGUUUAUCUCGUCAUCUUAUUUUCUAAAACUUUGCAAAAACAGAGAAAGAUGAGUUCAGAUUUCACAAAUGAGAACUUUGCUGGAUUUAGUUAUUUGACCCAAAAGCAGCUCCUUAAUAUCAAAAAGCUUUGAAUCUUAAAAAGUGAGCCAGUUUGUGGGAUUAAUGGCUGAUUUAGGGAGUUCAUCUCGAAAAACGUGUCCUGAUUUCACUAAAACUGCAAUAACAGAAAUUCACAAAUCCAGCGUUGCUUCAUUUUGUCGUUUGCAGCUUCUUAAUAUCAAAUUAUUAAUAAGUUUUAAAGCUUCAAAGUGACCUGGUUUGUGGGAUUUGUGGCACUAAUCAUAUGUCUGUUAAUGGUCGUAUAAUCAGGGAGUUUAACUCCGUAAAAUAUACGAAAAACGUUUAAUGAAAUCUGCAAAAAACUGAAAAAGUUAAGUUUAGAUUUCACAAAUCAGAACUUUGCUGGAUUUAGUUAUUUGACCCAAAGCAGGUCCGUAAUAUCUAAAUAUUAACGAGUUUUAAAGCUUUAAAACCUGGUUUGUGAGAUUUGUGGCUCUAAUCAGACGAGUUUAUUUCUGUAAAAUAUAACAAAAAACGAAAUCUGCAAAAACAGAAAAGGUGAGUUUCACAGAUCCAAAGCUUGCUUGUUUUUGUUUUAUCCUCACUUGUUAUUUUGUCAUUAGUGAACUUCCUCACAUGGCAGGAGAUCAGCAGGAUGAGAGGUGGGUGUGUUUGUUUCCCACACCUGCUGCUGGUGGUGGGGCGGGUGGUGACUGGUCCUGAAAUGCUUCCUGUUUUUGUUUGUUUC